AUGAAGUUCACUGCUAUUCUCUCUUUACUUCUCCCAGCUGUGGCCGUGAACGCCGCGCUGGGCAUCAACUGCAGAGGAUCCGCGAAGUGCAGUGGCCUUUGGGGCCCGGAUAAUGUGGCUAACAAUCUCAAAAAGUCGAUUGACGGAAUUGACACGAACAGAUGGUACUACAACGGCGAGCACAUCGCCUGUGUAAGCAACCAAGCUGGUAAUGGUGGUGGUUACUGCGCAUUCCUACAGGGUACUGGCGGUACCAAUGGAGGCAAGAUCAAGGAGCUAGCUCACUAUAUCCCGGAUCAUGGGUUCGUUCCUCAAUAUGAUCCCGUGUGGACGCUGCUGACUUUGAUUAGAUGCAAAAUGUGUGGCAGCGUUCCCUACUUCUACCCAGGAGACAACAACGUUGAGCAUGGACAAUUGACAUUCAACUAUGUGGACAAUCCUUGCAAUACGGCUGGAACUACUCUCUGCUAA